UACAGGCUCUACAGAAAGCUCGAGUGGAAACAGAUUUCCUUAGCACAUCUAAUUUUAACUGCAUGUUCCCAACGCUGGAAAGCUCGUCCAAUGAGAGCCUCAGCCACACGCAGUUAGCUUACCAGCUACAAAACAAGUUAGCUACCCGACUACCGCCAAUCAAGUUUCUGCGCAGUCAAGAAACAUUUCAGAAGCAAGUGAUGUAAACCAGAAAAACCGCUUACACAGGCUUAACGUCUUCAGUGCUGAUAGGAAAUUGAACAAUUAACGAUGAUAAUACAAACUAACUUUGUUUUCGUGUUAACUAGCUAGCGUUUCUAUACUAACGUUAAUCGCGAGGCAUCAAUUGGAUUUAACCACAUUAUUGGGCAGAUUGGCUCUACGUUAUUGUGUAAUAAAUCGUUACCGACAACACCUUGUUGCAAGUUAAAUUAAACUAACUCCGGGCAUGUUAUAUACCACUUGGAUUAAUGCUCAGUUCCAUCAAAUGUAUUCCAAAUGGGGUACAUAGCGUUAAUAAGCAAACUAGCUACGUAACGUUAGCUCCGAGCAUUGACAGGUCGGCAGGCAGGCGAAACCCUGCGUGCUGUGUCCACUGCACUGCCCUUUUCACACUAUUCAGUGAGACAGGACGGAUAGCUGGGAAAGAGAAAGAAAGACGAGAGGAAAGCAAGGCGAUGACAGCAUUACAAGACACGGAAGAUGCCAGUGAAACAGACCUUGCCAAGCACGACGAGGAUGACUAUGUUGAAAUUAAAGAGCAAAUGUACCAAGACAAACUGGCCUCUCUGAAAAGACAGUUGCAGCAAUUGCAAGAAGGUACACUGCAGGAGUAUCAGAAGAGGAUGAAGAAGCUGGACCAGCAGUACAAAGAGAGACUCCGAAAUGCAGAUCUGUUUCUCCAGCUUGAAACAGAGCAGGUGGAGAGGAACUAUAUCAAGGAGAAGAAGGCAGCGGUGAAGGAGUUUGAUGAUAAAAAGGUUGAACUAAAGGAAAACCUAAUUGCAGAGCUGGAGGAGAAGAAGAAGAUGAUAGAGAAUGAAAAAUUAACAAUGGAGCUGACAGGAGACUCAAUGGAGGUAAAACCUAUCAUGACUCGGAAGCUGAGGAGACGGCCCAACGAUCCAGUCCCAAUACCAGACAAACGGAGAAAACCUGCACCAGCUCAGCUAAAUUAUUUGUUAACAGACGACCAGAUAAUGGAAGAUCUAAGAACACUUAAUAAGCUUAAGUCACCAAAACGGCCAGUGUCUCCCUCGUCUCCAGAGCACGUCCCGUCCGCUCCCAUGGAGAGCCCCUCGCAACGCUACGAGGCCCGCAUCGAGGAGGGGAAACUUUACUACGACAAAAGAUGGUACCACAAGAGCCAGGCCAUCUAUCUGGAGUCAAAGGACAACACAAAGAUUAGCUGUGUCAUCAGCUCAGUGGGGACCAAUGAGAUUUGGGUGAGGAAGACGAGUGACAGUACAAAGAUGAGGAUUUACCUGGGACAGCUGCAGAGGGGCGCUUUUAUCAUCCGUCGACGGUCGGCUGCGUGAAACAUUACCCCACCCAACCCCCAUCUGUUCAUCUAUCCAUCCAUCAACCAUCUACUGUUUCCCUAUUUGGUGCAUCUCAGUUGAGUUUGACAUUUGGCCUCUUCUUCUUCAUCAUACACACUAGCCCCCCCUCCAUUACACAAGCACACACAGACUGUCUUCCUUGGCCAAGAAUAUCUCAUCAGAUUGUAUCUGUUGUCCCACUUAAACCAAAUGAUAGUACAGUAAAAGCUACCACUAUGUGGCAUGUGUGUGAAAGCGGCUGGUCAUAAAGGAGCCUACUUGGAUUUCUGUCCCAUGCUGUCAACACAUCUUUUCUACACCAUGCAGUCUUAUUUACAUGUAUCAUUAAGUUAUUUUUCCUUGAACAUGUUGUUGAUCAUGUUCCCCCUCGUCUUCAAGCCUUUGAAACUGUCUCACUGGUGAUGUGUAACGAAGCAGCCACUGAAAAACAGAUGAGGAACUGCUUCAGGUUUAUCUGAUUAUCAUGAAUCCUAUAACUGGAGAAGUUAGUUUCCUUAUUCAAGGAGUUAUGCCAUUUUCAAAAGAAUAUGCCUUUUGCACCGUCAUCAAGAAAUGGCUGCUUGCUAUGCUGAUGGUUUGUCCUAAUAUGUUUAAAAGUCCCAUGUAUUAAACCCCUACAUUUCUUAUUUGAAUUUUGUUUAUUUUUAGGUUUUUAUUUCUUGCCAUUUUAUGUUACCUGUCCAUACGUGAACGAUCUGGAUUAGUUCAACUGUAUUUGCAUGUAGAGCACUAAGUUGACUGCUGAUUUGUUCUGUGUUCCGUUUUAAUAAAAUGUUUUGUGCAUUUUAUUAAUUUGA